CGCUCUUGACUAAGAAGUCUGCCUUCAGUGCUGGAGCAGCAGCCAGUCAGUAUGGGAGGACAACACGUGGUGCAAUCAACUGUUUUAUUGUUGCUUCUGUCAGUUAUAUCGACAAAUAACUCUGACAAUAUUAACAUUCACGAAAAUUUAUCCCAAGUGUUGGAUACCUCUGAUGGAAGUGGCGGUGGUUCAGAACAUGUGACGAGCGUUGCAGGAGUAACAGACGCACGAACAGAAGCAAAUCAAAUUGAACAGUCAACACCUGAAAUAAGCGUUGUGCAGAAACCGUUUUCUAACACCGAUAAUGAAACGGUUUCGUCAGUUGAGAACUUAGCAACUGUAUUCAGUGCUACUAACUUACAGGGAUCUUCAGAAAGCAACAAUGCAGAGAACACGAGGACAACUUCACCCCCCAUAAAUAGUGCUGAUAUGAUUAUAGAAGGAAAAGGCAAAAGUGAAUUUCUCCAGCAAACAAAUAAGGAAAAUUUCAGCUCAUUUCCAGAAUUUGACCAUCGUCCAAACCUUAAUAACAGUCACACCGAAGAUGACAAUGCUAGUUUCCUCAACAGUAAUCCAUCUUACAGUGUUGCCACCGAUUAUGUAACUCCACAACAAUAUGUAGGUGACCUUUAUGUUGAUUCUGACAAUGGCAGUAUAAUAACACAUAAUAAUUACAAGUCUUUAAAUACUGAAAAUAAUUCUGAAGAGCCUUUUGACGAAAAUAGUUUUAAUCAGCUUAUUAAUGAUGGGUCAGAUAUAUACCAGGAUCAAAUGGCAGAUCAAAGUGAUUUUGAUGCGGAAGAGAAUCAGGAUGCAAAUUUGGAGAAUUAUAACAAAAGUAAAAUCCAAAGUCAGUCAAUCAAUGACUCGGUGUAUGAUGUUUUGUUAGAUUCACCUACUCCAGAAUUUCUUAAUAAUUCAUUUGAUAAUGAAGAUAUUUUUGAAAAAGUUUUUAACAUCUCAGAUAUUGUUGACAGUGAAGAAAAUCGCUAUUUCAACUACCAGGCAGGCAGUGUAGGACAUGCAAGGGAGUCUCCUGGGUCUAAUGUACAAGUCUCUGGUUCAAACACUGAACAAAACCUAACUGAUAAUGAGAAUGUUAUGUACAAUAAUGUGUUUGAGGUGUACCACUAUUCGCGUAAACCAAAUCCAGAUGGGACUAUGCAGAAUAAAACGUUAGGCCAACAUAUUGAGGAACUUGUUUUAAAUCGACUUCCUUCCUCAAAUAAAGACAAAGACAGUGACCAGAUAGAAUCAGGAGAUCAUGAAGAGAGCAAUAUUUCUUUGGAUGUUGAAAUAUCACCUGAUGAAAUUAGUGAAAGUGAUGAGGAAGGGACACACAGAGGGGCUAGUUUGGCCUUUGUGUUUGAUUCAACAGGUUCCAUGUGGGAUGACUUGGUUCAAGUAAAAAUGGGAGCUGAGAGGAUUAUGGCGACAAUGUUGGAACUCCCAGACAAACCCAUCUAUAACUACGUUUUAGUUCCAUUCCACGACCCAAGAAUUGGACCUGUGACUGUUACAAGAGACCACAAUGAGUUUCGGGAGAGCCUGCAGAAUAUAACAGUCCAUGGAGGUGGUGACUGUCCUGAGAUGGCAGUAGGGGCAGUAAAAGAGGCACUGUCUGUCAGUUUACCCAAUUCUUUCAUUUAUGUAUUUACCGAUGCAAGAGCCAAGGACUACAACCUGAUACCUGACGUGCUAGCUCUCAUUCAGAGGAAAAAAAGUCAAGUUGUGUUCGUGAUGACAGGUGACUGUGGAGAUAACAAACAUGUUGGUUACCAGGUCUUUGAGAAAAUUGCAUCUACUAGUUCUGGACAGGUUUACCACCUAAACAAGACUGAUGUAAAUGAGGUGCUGCAAUUUUUGCAGCUCUCCUUACAGUCCCGUAAAGUGAACUUGCUGUCUGUCAAUAAACCCGGACCCUCUGUGGAUGAACACAACUUGUUUGUAGAUGAAUCUUUGCAAGAAUUUACUGUGUCAGUAUCAGGUCUAAACCCUCACAUUGGUGUGGUGAGCCCUGAAGGGAAACCUGUACAGGGCCCUCCAAAGCUGAAUACUGUACUGUCACUGCAGAACAUUAAAGCAGUGAAUGUUAUUGAGCCAGAACCAGGACAGUGGAAGGUCAAAGUUGGCAGUGACUCAGAACAUUCAGUAAGGUCAACUGGCCUUAGUGAUGUCAAUUUUAACUUUGGAUUCUCUGUUGUUGUUACUGACAAGAUGGAGGAAACAUACCACAGACCACUGAAAGGUGAUAAGAAUUCAGUAUUAGUUGCACCCACUCAGCCAGACGUGGUGCAUAACCUGACAUCUCUGAAGUUAAUAGACUUAAAAGGAAACGAGUUUCAAGAAAUCCCACUACACCCAGUUCCUGAUAAGCCUGGCCUCUACCAAGGAUCCAAGUUUCUUCUGCCUAAUGAUUUCUUUCACCUAGGUGUUGAUGGAUUUGAUAAAGAUGGCUUCCCCUUGAAGAGAAUAUCACCUACGGCAAUUACUGGACAGAGUCCAGAGCCACCAGUAGUACACAUGAAGCCUGAGGUGAGAGGGUGGCUUAAGAGACCUGUAAGGAUGCAAUGUCACAUCGAAUCACUCAUCCCAUUCUCAGCUAUGUGGUUUAAGAACGGAGUUCCACUUACAAGCCGUGAGAAUUAUAAACAAACUGCAAAGUUAUUUUGGGUUCUCGAGAAUCCCACAGUAGCAGAUGAAGGGAACUACAGUUGUCACGCAAACAAUGUUGCUGGCAGGGCAUCCAGUGGAACUUGGCUAACAAUCACAGGUCCACCACCGCAUGUUGAAACUCCAGCACAAGUUGUAUCAGCACUAAACAAAGCGGCUGCCUUGGACUGCAUAGUGGAGAGCCAACUGCACUACAAUGUCACGUGGAGUAAAGCACUGGUGGAAACAAUAACAGCUCCUGAAACUGAAAAUGUCCAACAGCUUCAAAAUGAUGAGAAAACGAGCAUAUUACCCAAUGGAACUUUGAUUGUUAACACAGUAAACCAUGAUGAUGAAGGCUGGUACACUUGCACUGCAACAAACAAGGGUGGAACGAGUGAGGGGCAGGUGUACCUUGCACUGAAGGAGCCAGUGCAUGUGGAGGUUGUACCAGAGCGAUUUCACUUCCAGCAAGGAGACUCAGUCAGCCUGUCCUGCCAUUCCACCAGUAUACCCAAGCCAUCAUUUGUGUGGAAGAAGGAUGGGCAUGUCUUGAAGGAGGGAGACGGAAGAAACCUAAGACUGACUGAAGAGGAAAGUGGUUUGACCUUGUUCCUGGAAUAUGCUGACCCCUCUUAUGCAGGAGAAUAUCAGUGUGUGGCUGAAAAUGAUUAUGAAGUGGAUACUGGUGUCUCUGUGGGCAAGUAUAUUGAAGCUCCAGCCAUGGUUGCUGUGGAAGGUAGUGUACUGGCCAGAGUGGGAGACACUGUUCAACUGAAAUGCAGUGCUAAAGGUUAUCCUACACCAGUCAUUGGGUGGUCAAGGAAUGAAGAGGAAAUUGUCACCAGUUCCAAAUAUGAAGUGCAGGAAGAUGGAACACUGCUGAUCAGUGACACGCAAGUGACUGACAAUGGAGAAUAUAUAUGUAUCGCUGAAAAUGAGCUGGGAGUGGACAUUGAUGUAAUUUCUUUGCAAGUAGGACUGCCACCACAAAUAGUACACCUUCCAAGAGAUGUGCAAAUUGACAUCAGUGGAAAUGGCACUGUUCCAUGUAUGGCAGUCGGAGUGCCAAUUCCCACAGUCUUGUGGACCAGAGAGGAUGGUAAACAGCUGAACACAAGCAGCACUGUAACCACAGAGCACGGUAACCUGCAGAUUACUU